UGAUGGUGUGGGCGCGCGCCGCCAAGAUGGCUGCCCGGCGCUGAGGCAGCCCCCUCCAACGCUGCCCUCGAUGGUCCAGGCGGCGGCUUGCCGGUGUUGGCGGCACUGGUGGCAGGCGCGCCCGCGGCGGCUGUGGGCGCUGAGCGCGCUGUGCGUGGCCGCCCUGGCCGGCUGCAAUCUGCUGCUCGCCGCGCGGCUGCUCGCCGGCGGAGACUGCCGCCCCCGGGACGCGCCGCCCCCGCCGCCGCCGCCGCCGCCCGUGCUCGAGCUCGUCAACGACGAGGGCGGACCUGGCCCACACCCGCGAAGGGCGGCGGACGAGGCGGCGGCGGUGGCGGAGGCGUCGUGCCCGCCCACGCCCGCGGCGUCGCCGUUCCGGGACCUGCGGCUGGCCCGCUGGGACGCGCGCCGCCUCUACCAGGUGGUGGACUCGCUGGUGCCCGGGGACCGGUUCGCCGAGCUGUCCGCGACCUGGCCCGUCUGCCUCGCCACGCAGAGCUCCCUCGAGAGGCUCAGCUCGCUUGUGCAGGUGGCGCACCAGUGGACGGGCCCGAUGUCGGUGUCGCUGUUCGCGGCGGGCGAGGAGCUGCCGCUGGUGCUGCGCUACGUGCGCUUCCUGCGGCGCUGCUACGCGGCGGUGCGCGAGCGCGUCUCCUUCCACCUGGUCUUCCCCCGGGAGCGGCCGCCGUCCGCCGACGAGCCGCGCCGCGCCGCGCUGCUCGCCAACGACUGCCACACGCCGGGCGCCAUGCUCGGCGACCUCGUGCGCAUGCGCACCGCCGACACCAUCAGGUGGCGGACGCGCGCGCCGUACCCGCAGAACCACAUGCGCAACGUGGCGCGCGCCAACUGCCAGGCGUCGCACGUCUUCCUCACGGACGUGGACAUCGUGCCCAGCUCGGGGCUGGCGGAGGGCGUGGCCGCCUUCCUGCGCCGGCCGCGGCCGCCCGACUGCCAGGGAGGCCGGCUAUGCGCCUUCGUGGUGCCCACGUACGAGCUGGACGAGCGCGUGCGCUUCCCGCCCAACAAGUCGGAGCUGGUGCGGCUCGCUCGAAAAGGCCUCGCCCGGCCCUUCCACCAGAAGGUCUUCGUCUUCAACCAGUUCGCCACCAACUUCUCCAGGUGGCAGGAGAGCGGCGGCGUGGGGGAGCCCCAGGAGGUGCACGUCAGCCACAACGUCACCAACUUCGAGUUCCUGUACGAGCCCUUCUACGUGGCGCCCGCCACGGCGCCCCCGCACGACGAGCGCUUCAUGGGGUACGGCUACACGCGGAACACGCAGGUCUACGAGAUGUACGUGGCCGGCUACCAGUUCAAGGUGCUAUCGCCGGUGUUCACGAUCCACUGGGGCCUGCAGACCAAGAAGGGACGUCCCUCGUGGCGCGAGCGACAGAACUCGCACAACGGCCGCCAGUUCGAGGCGUUCAAGCGCGAGGUGCUGGCCCGUUACGGCAAGGAUGUGCCUCCGCUGUCCGCCCGCAAGAGCAGGUAGCGCACCCACAGGUAGCGGGCUACCCAUCUGCGCCAAGCCUGCCUCCAUACUCGCUGGCAGUGCUUCCAGCUGUACCCGUAUACACUGGGCUUCGGUACGUUCCAGUGACGGCAAUCAUCACCAGAUUUCAACAGCUUUUUGAGUAUGGAACAGCUUUCCCUCGAUGUGCUUCGACUAGUGAUGUAACAGGAAGGCUUGUUGAAAGACUGAAAAAAAUGAGUGUCCGUUUUUCAGUUCCCACGUUAAUUGCUCACAGUUACUAUCUCAGAUUUGUUUCACAUGCUAUUCGCUACAACCACCAACAAGUAUGUCAGCAUUUCACAUCAUUGCUAACUCUGAUUUAGUGUUUCAGUGUACAGUGAAGUGCCUAAAGUUGUGGGAAAUCUGUCAAAUGUACUUGGGAUAUUCCUCACUCCACAUACAUUCACAAUAUCUAUGACAUAUGGGAUCUAGUCAAAGAUGCCUCCUAGGCAGCCACUGUCUCUAGUAACCACACUGUCAAUGGGACGUUAAACUCAAAUCAUCCUUCCUUCCUUCCUCAGCAGCCCGAAACAGCAUUGGUGUUGGAGAUGGAGGGUUUUGGGCAUGGAUAAUGUUUGCUUGGAGUUUUAUGAGCAAUGAUAACAUUAGAAUAUUCUACUCUACAUGACUCCAUCUAUAGUAUAGAGAAGUCCAUGAAUCGCAGGGCAAAGAUGCUGUUUUUGCCAUCUGUAAGCCUUCAACUGCAGACCUCUGUUGAUCACUGCGCAACUCGUCCAAGGUUUUCCGCCGCAAUCGCGUUGUGGCUCUUCACUGGAUUCACCAAGUAAUGUCUGAGAGUCAUUCACAGACAUUUAGUGCAACAUUGAUUAAACAAUUAGCCAAGUUUGGCCCACUGCUUCUGCUAACCCAUUGUUGAAUGCUGAAUACUUCGUACAAUUCCCCAUUCAUCUCACAUGUAGAAAGUAAUCUCCAUGUCAAUAACAACAAUUAAUAUCAUUAUUUGUAAACUAUGUUGUGAAAUAUGGUGGUAUGUAACAUUCAAGCUUCUCGAUUAUUCAAGAUUACAAUCUGGAGGAUUUACCACUCUGAUGGCUCUGUUCUGCCCUUAAAUAUUCCACUUCGCAGUGUCACUUUAGAGGAGUUCCACUCCCCCCCCCCCUCCUCAUCUCGCUCUUUGCUAUACUUACUCCUCCCCACCCCUUUCCUCUCGCUCCUCCUCGACGCGAGAAGUUGUAUGGAUGCGUAGAUACAUCCAGAAACAUAUUCAAUCAUAUAGGGUGACUGUGUAUUUCGCGAUUACUGAUCUUUGAUCGAGAAGUUUGACUAAAUUUUUCAGUCGCUCUCCGAAGACCUGGCAACAUGCAUUGUCAUCACGGCAAAUUCCCUCGUUGAUUACUCCAUAAGAAGUGCUACAUAACAAGCUGUAUUCAGUACUGGUUCAGUUUAAUCAAUGGCAUACCAGGCUCUGCAACAUCCAAAUACAGAAUCAUUAAGAUGUUGUUCAGAGAUUCGGUGGCAAAUGACUCCCAUGACUAUAGUCAUUGUCAUAUGUUAAUAUUGAUUUACAAAACCGACUUCUUGGUCUGUUGAAGAAAACAAUGCUUUUUCACUCAUCUGGAAUCCAACAAAUAUGUUUACGCGAAAAGACGCAAGUUAGGAUGGGGUGCUGUUCGUAAAUGUACAAUUUCCUACAGUUUGUCCUUAUGCCUUAUGGGCGCCGAAUGCUACUCGUAAGUGAUGCGCAAAUGUUUGAUGUGAAUGCAAACUCAACACAAUAAUGUAUAACCUCAGAUAUAGUUCUCAUACAUCGUGUCAGAAAGGUGCCGAUAUGAGCAAAAAUAAUCAUCCAUUCAACGAGACGGAUGGGCAUAACUUCUCGGAUUCAUAGCUAACAGUGCCUGGUAUGUUUGAUUUCAGGAAAAAUUUCCAAACUGCGAAUUUUCAUACGCCUUAUCUUCCUACCUUCGGGUUCCGAUAAUUAUCACUGUACCUUUAACCUUAUUGGAAGGCUGGACAAUUCACGCCGCAUCCAAGCUAAAAGUUUUGAUAACAGGCUGCUUAUUUGUCGUAGUUCUAAUCGAUGUUACCGCAAAUUGCUUAUCCUAAUGCUAGUUUCCCACGACUGUAGGCAUUUCAGUAUUCUCCUCUUCUACAGUGCUACCAUAACUUUGUUAGCUUGCAAGGAAGACCCAGAAGUUACAGUAGGUAUGAAGAUAGAAUGUGCAACAACAGUACUACAACGUUUAACUCCAAAAAACUUUAAUAAGUACUCUCUCUGUGUUACACGUGUUAGUGAUCAAAGGGCAUAUGACCUGUUCUUAGAAGUGCGAGUUCUAGAAGCAGCGUGAGCUUAAUCCGAGGAAGUAUAUGAAUAAAAUUUAUUCAGCAGAAUCAGAGUCUUCGUUUUUUGGGACCCGAAAUACUUUUCCAUCCCUCUCAGCGAGUAUAACCGGGUAUCUCAGAAAUUAAGUUCCCAAUCUAGAACAUAGUUCCUCUAUAAAAUGUGUAAAUCCAAUGAAAUAUAGACAAGACACACGUCUUGGGAACGAAUAUUUGAGUCAAAUGGCUUUUCCAGAAACACGAAUUUCAUCUUUAGCUUAUUGGCAGACGGAAUACUCAGUAAUGAUAAUCAACCGGAAACGUACGUGAACGUGAGAUGAAUAUAUUUCUGCUUCAGAUGUGCGAUUACAUUUGUAAAUUCUCUGAUGUGCUGACAUCGACAUCAAUAGAAAAAGAUCACAUACACCAAAUAUUCUUGGCAACCGAUACGAUCUUCAAGGAUCAUGUUAUUUGUGAGGAACCUAUGGUACAAAAUACAAGAUUUUCGUGAAUAACGUUAGUAGUAGCAACUAUUUAUGAUAAAAAUGAAGGAAAUAAACUGGCUAUAUCAAUAACAUUAUAUUCUGUUCUCUUCUGUAAGAACUGCUAUUAAUAGAGGAGAAGUCCAAUGUCUUUCUGUAUUAAUCUGUUACUAUGAAAGUUUGCGUUCUAUAAAUAUGCCCCAUGUUCAUCUUAAUGCCAGCAGUGUAGUAUUUGAUGCAAUUAAUGUGCCAUAAGAGGAAAUUACGUUUUCAGUAUAAAGGAACAUUUUACAACGGAACAUUUUCCUCGAGAACUGGGAUAGGAAUACAACUUGUAUUUUGUGUAUUACCACAUGGAAUUUAAAAUGGACUUAUAAUAAGGAGUGGUAUAGAACUGUUCUACAUGCUGGACAGUUUUAUAAAUACCGCGACAUGAUUUGUAAAUUCGGAAAUUUUGUAAAUUGUUUUCUACGUCCACAACGUUUCUCACGGUCAAAAAAUAUUUUCGACAACAUAGGAAGAAACGUAUGAAAUUCUAUAUAAAUACUCCUUUUUGACAUAAAUGUAAUGUAAUGGAAUCGAUCGUUUUGUCAGUAUGCUUCUUUUGCGGAUAAGCUGAGACUGAGAAUCUUGUAUCGUAAUUUCUUUCUUUUGUGGAUUCAAUCUUGUUUUGCAUAACUGUUGUAUUAACCGAUAAUGAUAGAUAUUUCCAUGUCUAAUUUCUCUGUGUUAUCAAAAUGUAUUAAUAUGGUUUACACUCAGUUUGCCAUGCUGUCUCAAUAUUUUUUUUGUCGUUGGCAAAAACUUAAAACGUUUUUGAUACAGUAUAUGAAGAACCAAGUUAAAGUCUAUGAAAGCUACAUAAUUUCCUUUACAGAUGAAUUGUAUUACUUUUAUGCUUAAUCCUGUUAUUAUAUCUUUUAGUGAACGAUCUGUAGAGCUGUCCAAAAAAUGUAAGAUAUUUUGUAAUAUUUAUAAAUGUAUUUAAUUUUUCUGUGGUCGAAAAAACAUUUUUAAGAGUUCAUAACACAUGCCUGCAGGCAUAUAGUAGUACAUAUUUGGUUCCCAGUGUAAAAUACAAAUGCGUGUGCUACGAAUGUAUUUGUAAGAAUAAAAAAAUAUA